AUGAAGAGGACGGGUGACCAAAUCGGAGGUAGUGUCAUGUUCGCAAGUGCGCCUUUUGUCUUCACUUCCCUUUCUCCCCGGCAGGCACCACUGGAGACGGGCUGGGCGUUCCUAGAGCCAUGGCGCGAGACGCUCUGCAGCGCGCUAGCUCCUUCCAAGGGCCCCUUCUACACGGGCGCGCCCAACGGCGUGAGCGCCACCUUCAAGCUCUAUCCAAGCAAGUACAAGGAGCCCCAGUUCCGGGUGUCCGACUGCACGCUCUGCGUCGAGUUCCCAGCCGACCAAGCGAGUCGACAAGACGGCGCUCGCCUGCAGCGGCUCCGCGAGGCCAUAGAGAUCUUCGACCGACUGUCGGCGGUGAACAACGCGGUGUUCGUGACGCUGCUGGCCAAGGCCAUGGAGCCCGACCAGCGAGCCUGUCAGAUGCCUGUCUGGCCGACGUGGAAGUGCACGCUAAGCGAGCCACUGGCACCUGACGACUCGGCUGCCAUUAAGUCUUGUGUGACGUGGGCCGAGCUCUUAGGGUGCCCAGCAGACCCGUGGGAGUACUCGCCAGAGUUUCGUGAUGUCAUGGAGAAGCUCCAGACGAGGGGCGUCAUGCACACGGGGAUUCGUCACAAUAAGGUGGUGACUGCGAGCUGUGUGUCACUGUACCUGGAGGAUUCCCCCAACGGCAACAAGGCUGACUUCGCCCAGGGCGGCUCCUUCAUGAGCUCGCUCGUAUCUGGACGCUCGACGUGCCGAUCGAACGUCGGUGCCCCUGAGCUGGAGCGAAAGGCGAGGUUGGAACAUUUGGCGGUGGUGUACGAGACUGUGCACAGCUUCAGGAAUGGCGCGAUACUCUCAGCAUUCGCUGACGCGUCCUCGAUCGAUCGACUCACCCUCGUCAAGGCUGCGAACGAUAAGCACGACGCGUGCCUCGAGCCAUUGCACUGGGGCUGGCUGGCGUAUGCUCUCUGGGGCCGCACGUCAACCGUCUCAAUUCCAACUCUGAGGCUGUCUCCCAUGGACCUGACAGAGGAGCUCGUGUCUGCCGUUGAGGCCGCGCUACAGACCAACUACCCGCAACCACAAAGGGGCUCAGCUUCGUUGUAUGGAUUUGUGGACAUCCUAGAAGGCACAGAGCUGCGCCCGUGUAGACGCAGUAGUCUCGCCCUAGUACUAUCGCGAGACUGCCGCUGCCGAGCUUACUAUGACCCUUCCAGCAUGGGAAGCCAAGCGAAUGUUGUCGUUCCUGGCUACGGAAUCUGCCAAGUUGAACUGGAGGAAGGAACGAUCGAGUUCGUGAGCGAUGAAGCCUCGACUGACAUCACGAUGCAGGAGGCAACGGGCUCGGGCGGUGUGCGCUCACUGAUCGUGGACUUUUGGCGCCUGGAGGACGACGCCUUGGUGACGCGCCUGCUACGACUAAUCGGCAGGAACCUCAAGUCUCUCGCGCUUGACUUUAGUGAGACCAGCGACGACGUUGAAGUCGAUUUGAGCGAGGUUGCGGUGGCUUGUCCUAUGCUGAAAGAACUUCGGCUUGAAGGCUGCAAUGCGUCGAUCUCAACACACAACGAGGCCCUGCGUAACUGGGGGAUCAAGAAGCUGGAAAUCUACGAGAGCAGAGCGGUGGAUGGCCUCGAGACGUUGCUGAGCGACCAGUCCUACCGAACGGCGCGGGGGCUGGUGGAGCUGGCGUUCUCUGCUCCGCCCGACAGCAUGAACGAACACUUCUUUGGGUUUUCGUAUCACGGGAUGCCGGCCGAGGAUAAUAGAUUGCCGCGGGAGUAUGUGAGCGCGCUGAUGGCCCACCGCGGGGAGCUGGUGAUCAAGGAAAAGUUUCCUGUGCGGCCGAAACUGGCGAUGCUGAGCCCCCCGAUUCCUCUCUGA